AUGGUUAGACAUGACGUCCAUUUAGAGAUCAAUGAUACCAAGGGCAAGAAGCUCAGAGUCAAGAUAAAGAAGAUCAGACCAGCGCGCCUUCGACGCGACAAGAAGGGUAGGUACAUCAGAAAUAAGAAGAGAAAGGUGUACAUCAACUCUCGCAAGUCAGACUUGGAGUUGAUCAAGAAAUUGAUGGCAGAGGCAUCCAACGCCAAACCCAUACUGACACCGUCAACUGCCCAAUCUCACAUCACUCCAACAGAAGGAUCAUACAUUAGAUCAAUACAGGACGCCAACUACAGGGAAGCGCUGAUGAAGAAUGCCAGGGACUUGGAACAACAGACUAGAGCAAAGGUCGAUGCGAUCAUCAAGGACGCUGCUGUACAUGCACUACCAGCACCAGCACUACCAGCACUACCAGCACCUGAUCAACUAUUAAUCGACGCAGCAAUACCAGCGGCUGCCCAUGAGAUUGGAGAACACGGCAUCAAUGAAGGUGACCACGUCGUUCAUGUAUUCAAAGAGGUCUCCCCUCCACCAUCAGAUGACGAGGAAGAGGAAGAAGAGGACGAUGGUUAUGAUCUGGGCAACAACCUUGACAGACUGCUCGAGCGACAGACCUCAACUCAUGGACUACUACAACAGGCUCACUCUGACAUCAUGGACAUCAAGCAAUCACUCAACAAGCGAUUCCAACAGGACAUGGAGAAGCUCGAGAUUGAAGCGCAAGUGGAGCAGAAGAGAUACGAACUGGAGAUGAAGAAGCUUGCAGAUCACCGUGAGCGCGAACAGAACAGCGCGAUGUCAAAAAUCAACAAGCUGUUGUCAGAGAGAAGGUCAAUCAGCAAGCAGGAGCCACGCGACACAGACAAGCUUGAACACAUAGAUGGAGAGAUUGAUCGCAUCAGGCACCAAAUGGACGAUGGCGAUGUCAAGAGGAUGCUGGACCAAGCCGUCAAUGAACAACGAUUGGAGCAAGCGAUGGAGCGAGCAGAGAGAGAGAAGCAGAAGACUGUCGAGCACAUGAAAGCAGUGGAGGUCAUGGCUGCUGCUGCUGCUCCCAAACAGCCCAAGCCCUCGUUGCUUAAGAAGCCCGUGCCAUCCAUCAUGUCCAGGCCAGUCCCAAAGGUAAAGACAGAGCCAGAGCCAGAGCCAGAGGAGAGGUCUCCUUACAGCUCUCCUCCUCAUCCUCCAGCCACUUCGACAACAUCAACAACCACAACGACACCAACCAAUCCUCCGACAACUCCCAAGAUCUUGGGAGUUAGAGCUGCUGGUACGUCUCUCAAUGCCUUGACACUAGAUGCUGGGAUAGAUCUCUUGUUAGUCGUUGUUGUCGUAGUAGUUGAUGUCGUGGAUCGAACCAAUCAUUCAGAAGUACAUUGA